AUGCGAUCCGAUCAUUAUCGAUAUCCAACGUCAGCCGAUGAUAUUCAAAUAGUCUACGAAUCUAAGAAUUAUUUCGUUGUAAAUAAAGACGAUCUCGUGCCGAUCGAUUCGUUCGAUGCACCCGCUCAAGUCAAUGUCACACAACAAGUGAAGAAAUGGUUUCAUAAACGUGAAACGGAAAGAUUUCUGAAACAAGAUCCACCAGCGACUGAAGAGCAAGCAGAGCAAUGGAGCAAAAGCUUAGCACAAAAAGUCGAGGAUAUUCGAUAUUGUCAUCGGCUUGAUUUAGGAACCAGUGGCUGCAUGUGUUAUGCUCGUUCAGCAAGCGCCAGCUACCUAACUUACAAAGCAUUUAUUGACAAACGUGUUUUGAAGUAUUAUCUCGCACUUGUUCACGGUCAUCUUCAUGCUCCAUAUUCAAUUUUCGUCAACGUUCCUAUUGGAGAAAAUGCUUCGUGUUACGGUCGAAUUAUGUGUACGGACGAUCAUCCGCAUUGUACAGCUGCUAAACCUGCUCAAUCACAUGUCGAUGUUUUAGAACAUGGAGAUUAUGAUGGCAAGCCAGCAUCGAAAGUUUUAGUUCGAAUUUUAACAGGCAAACGCCAUCAAAUUCGAUUACAUAUGAAAUACUUGGGUCAUCCAAUCAUUGGUGAUUAUCUUUAUACAGAUCCAAUUGAUUAUAAACCACAUCGAAUCAUGCUGCACGCACGAUCAUUGACAAUACAUACGGAGCAAGAACUGAUUGACGCAUUAGCCAAGGAUCCUUUCGUAACUCAGAUAGAUCCGAAAUGGAAAAAGACUAAAACAAUACUACCAGUGAAUCGAUGGUAG